AACCACCGCGACCCGUGGAGCAUAACCUUGCUCCAACGACCUUUAGGGCCACUGUCGACAGCGGCAACACACAGUACAGAGGCGGUGUAGCAGCACAAAGAACUUUGUCUUUCUAUCUCAUGACACGUGGAAAGACAUAAAGCUAAAAUGUGUAUAUUAAUUUUUAUAAUUUUUUUUUCUACUUUUAAGAAUUAAUAGAAAUGAAUAAAAAAAAAAUUAUUUAAUUUUUUCCUUUUAAUUCUUAUAUAUAUAUAUAUUUUUUUUAGGAAGCGUUCCUGGAUUGCAGGCGUCCUUAUAUUACACUCAAUCAUGUACACACACACACACACCAUAUAUAUAUAAUCAGUUCAGAUCUGGGUUUGACUGCAAAGAUAAGAAAAGAAAACUGAAGGCAAAGAAUAGGUAAGAAAAUGAGUGAUAGUGUGGGUAAUCCUCCAAAAUUUCACUUUGUUUUAGUUCAUGGAUCGAGUCAUGGAGGGUGGUGCUGGUUCAAGAUCCGUUGUCUUAUGGAAACAUCAGGAUACAAAGUCACUUGCCUUGACCUUAAAAGCGCCGGUAUCGAUUCAUCUGACCCUAACACACUCUUCACUUUUGAAGAAUAUAAUCAACCACUUAUUGAGUUCUUGUUUAAUUUGCCUGAGGAUGAAAAGGUGAUAUUGGUGGGUCACAGUGCAGGAGGUCUGAGCUUGACGGAUGCCUUACACAAGUUUGGUAGUAAGAAGAUUCAAAUGGCCAUUUAUGUUGCAGCCAACAUGUUGAAGUAUGGUUUUAUUACAGAUGAAGAUGUCAAGGAAGCAGUCCCAGAUUUAUCAGAAUACGGAGAUGUAGAAGAACUAACGUUUGGGUUGGGUCCUGAUAAGCCUCUAACAAGCAUCAUAGUGAAAAAGGAAUUUCAGCGAGAAAUCCUUUAUAAUAUGAGCCCUAUGGAGGACUCUACUUUGGCCUUCAUGCUUCUAAAGCCAGCACCUGCAAUGGCCUUCGGAGAUGCUAAAUUCAAAGAACAAGGAUCAGACGCUGAUAAGGUGCCUCGUGUAUAUAUUAAGACAUUGAAUGAUAGAGUAAUCAAACAAGAACAGCAAGAUGCUAUGAUUAGAAGCUGGCCCCCAUCGGAGAUAUUUGAUAUUAAGAGUGAUCACAGCCCUUUUUUCUCCGCUCCCUUUGUUCUUUUUGCCUUUAUAAUUAAAGCAGCGAUAACUUUAGUUGAGUAGUCCGAACGUAUCAUGCAUCAACACCUCUGGUGCUAUUUUAAAAGAGCAAAAAUAGAUUCUAUGAGUUUUUGGGUUUGAGUCUCUUGGGGACUAACAGGGUGAGUUAUUGGUGUUUUUAUCUUGUUAACAAUUUCAAAAUCCCAGAGGAUUAACUUAUGUGCACACAAGCUAACUCAAACACCGUCAGUGUUAAAAAAAAAAGUAUUAUGCAUUUAAAUCUCUUAUGUAUUGGAGUUUAAACCUUUAAUAAUAUUGUAUUU